AUGUCUCAGGUUCAUCUUGAAGCCCCUAAUUUAAAUCGUAUUUAUCAUGAUAAUAAUCAACUAUUUCAUCAAUCAACUCGAAAUAUUAAUAAUGAACAACAUGAAUUAAAAGUAUUAUCAAACAUAGAUGAGAUAAAUCCUUGUAGUGGUUCAUAUAUAAAAACAAAUGGAACAACAUGUAAUCUCAAAGAUAUAAUAAUUGGUCGUUGUUAUGAAUAUCAAUAUAUAAAACGUAGUCUUCAUUUAUCAAAUAGAACUGAAAUAAAAAAUUGUACAAAACUUUAUGAAUUAUUUGAAACUGCUGUUCGUUAUAAACCAUAUUGUAGUAUGAAUUUGAGUACAUAUGAAAAUUAUUUUCAAUAUGCACUUGAUGGUAUACAAAUUAUUAAUAGAGCAAUGUUUUGGAGUGGUACAUAUUCCAUAGCUCAUAGUUAUGGUAAUCAUGGUUUUAAUUAUAUUACAUUAGAAGAUACAUUAGCAGCAACUACAGUUAAUGGUUUAAGAUGGUGUGGAAAAGAUAAUGAUACUGAAGGUUUUGAUUAUAUCAGUUGUCCAUAUAAUUGUAAAGAUAAUAUUUGGGCUGAUGAUGCUUUUUGGGGAAUUGCAUCAAAAAAUUUUGCUGAAAAAGCUGUUGGUGAAGUUUAUCUUGUUUUAAAUGGAAGUCGAACUGAUGGUCAAUUAUCAUUUCGUAAUAAUUCAUAUUUUGCAAAAUAUGAAUUACCAAAUCUUCAACGAACUGGUAUUUUUCGAGUUACAAAAUUAAAUGUUUUACUUUUACAUUCACCUGAUCAACAAGUAGUUGAAAAAUGUGGUGAAAAAAGUUUAAUUUAUUUAGAAACUCUUGUUCAAAGUUAUCAAAUUGAAUAUUUAUGUAAAGAUGAUCCAGAAGAAUUAAUUUUAAUGAUGUGUAGUGAUAAUUGGGAAGCACGUGAAUGUCAAUUAGCACGACAAGUUUUAAGAAAAGAAUGGGAUAAAAAACUUUUUGGAAAAUCAAAUGUUAACUAUCAUCAUUCUAUAUCAUUUUUAAUUUUAUUUUCGUUUUUAGUUAAUUAUUUUAUUUUAUAA